AUGGCUCAUAUCCCUCAGGUUUUGCCCAAUUCGAUACCGAUUCCAAGCUUUAUCGUGGACUCGUUCUCAUACGUGUGGUACUAUCUUUAUGCGUCACUGCUGAAAGUGCCUGGUGGCCGGUAUAUCAUAUCGUAUGUAAAGAAAUCACAUCAGGAUGACCCGUACAGAACGGCGGUGGAGGUUGUGCUUAUUUUGUAUGGAAUCGUUUACUAUUUAUCGAAACCGCAGCAGAAGAAAGGGCUACAAGGAAGCAAACCAAAUCUGACUGCUCAGGAAGUGGAGGCAUUGAUUGAAGAGUGGCAACCGGAGCCAAUUGUUGAUGAAUCUGUCAUGGAGGCUCAGAGAUGGCGGCUAGAGAAGAUUCCCGUAAUUGAAGUGUUGAAAAAGGGGGAUCGAGUGCGCGUGAAGCGUAAUGAUGGUCGAGAAUGCUUCGAUAACGUGCUUAAUUUGGCGUCAAACAACUUUUUGCAAUUGGCCUCAAGACCGGAUGUUGUCGAAGUGGCUAAGAAGACUAUAAAGAACUAUGGAGUUGGUGCUUGCGGACCCGCUGGCUUCUAUGGGAACCAGGAUGUUCACUACAUUCUGGAGUAUGCACUUGCCAAUUUUUUCGGCACGGAGGACGCUGUGUUGUAUGGUCAAGAUUUCUGUGUUGCACCAUCUGUCCUGCCAGCUUUCACCAAGCGUGGUGAUCUGAUAGUUGCAGACAACCAGGUCUCGCUUUCCUUGCAAAAUGCGUUGCAAUUGAGUAGAUCCACUGUUUAUUACUUUGAGCAUAACAAUAUGGAGUCCUUGGAGUCCCUUUUGAAAGAAUUGACUGAGGCGGAGAAAAAAGAACGAUUACCUGCGAUCUCAAGAAAAUUUAUUGUUACAGAGGGCCUAUUCCACAAUUCUGGUGAUAUUGCACCUUUGCCAGUUCUACUCUCGCUGAAGAACAAGUACAAAUUCAGGCUUUUCAUCGAUGAAACAUUUUCUCUUGGAGUAUUGGGACGUACGGGACGUGGUCUUGCUGAACAUUUCAACAUGGAACGUGCAAGCUCGAUCGAUGUGACCAUUGGAUCGAUGGCUACCGCCUUUGGAUCAUCAGGAGCCUUCGUUUUAGGAGACCGUGUUAUGAGCCAUCACCAACAUAUUGGCUCCAAUGCAUACUGUUUCUCUGCGUCUCUACCUGCGUAUACGACGGCCACUGUGACCAAAGUGCUUCAAAUAAUGGAGAAGGACAACUCUGCAGUGACUGCGCUUCAGCGUCUUUCGAAACUGUUGCACGGUUUCUUCACAAACGACGCUGCGCUGAAACGAUGGGUUCUUGUCACUUCACAUCAGAUGUCCCCCGUCCUCCAUCUGCAACUGACCCCCGAGGCAAGAUUCCAAAGAUUCAACUACACGGGCGAACAAUUGUUCGAGACCAUAACACGUCUGCAGAAGCGUUGCGCGACGACCAAGUUCGUCGAAGAAUACGAGCAAGAAGAAAAGUUCUUGCAAGCGAUAGCCGACCAACUGCUGUCGCAGCACGGCAUCCUGAUCACCCGAAACACGAUCGUACUGAGACAGGAGACGCUACCCGUGGUACCCAGCCUCAAGAUCUGCGUCAACGCCCACAUCAGCGACCAAGAUCUGCUCGCAGCCUGCGCGGCGAUCAAGGCCGUGAUCAUCGGCAGCUGCUCGAACAACUGCUCGGACUGA